AUGCCACGGAUGAGGCAAAACCAAACUCUGGUGAACGCUGUUGGUAUGCCGCAAUCCCGCUGCCGGCCUGCGUCGCUUGCUUUCAAGCGGCACCUGGAGACCAGAGACCAGGAACCCAGUUCGAAGCACUUCCUCUCCGAGGACAAGAUGACCACCCGCUUUAACUCCCUCAGCCUGGACAGUGAUCACAUGUACGGUUCCAACGGCUUCCCAGUCAACGAUGAAGACCCCAAGUGGCAGCAGGCCUACGCACGGCUAAAAGAACUGCAGCGCAGGCUGUCCCAGGAUAGCGUAAACGAAGAAGCCAGUUCAACAGAAGAGGAAAAUGAGUGCGGUGACGUAGUCGUGGACGGGGAAUUUCUUAUGCCAGACUGCCCCCUGCUGAAGCUCCCUUCCCUCUUCCAGGGAUCACUCGGAAGGGUCAGUCUUGUACCUGAGGAAGUGUUACUCUCUCUGAACCCUUGCACGGAACUCAUCCUGUGGAGCCCUCCUGGAAACUCCGGCCUGCACUCCAUCCGGACGCUGCUGGCUACUCCAUCUUCUUUGGGCGCCUCCGUACAGCUUCAGCAGGAAGUGGGGGUGACACAAGAAGAAAUGGAAAUAUGA